AUGUGCAAAUAUUAUGGCACUCACGAUCAUAGAACGGAAGAUUGUCGACAGCUGAGAGAAGAAGUAGCUCGUUUAUUCAACAAAGGAUACCUUCGAGAAUUCUUAAGCGACCGAGCCAAGAACCACUUUAGAAACAUGGAUUCUAACAAACAAACAGGACAAGAAGAGACCGAACCUCAACACAUCAUAAAUAUGAUCAUCGGUGGAGUCGACAUCGCACAAGGGACGAUGUUGAAAUGCACAAGAAUCUCUGUCACCAGGGAGAAACGAACUCUAGACUACAUACCUGAAGGAGCCUUAUCCUUCAGCGACGAAGACGCGAAAGGGAUCAUACAACCUCACAAUGAUGCACUGGUAAUAUCUAUACUCGUAAAUAAAACUAGAGUCAAACGUGUGAGCUCAGCCAACAUUAUUCGAUCGAAGGUCAUAGAACAGCUCGAUUUACAAGACAGGAUCGUGUCAGCAGUCCGGGUCCUAAACGGGUUCAACAUGGCAUGUGAAACCACCAAAGGGGACAUAAUAUUACCGGUCAAUACAGCCGAAAUCGUACGGGAGGCCAAGUUUUAUGUAAUCGAAGGGGACAUGAGUCUCAGGGGGAUCAAGAUAAACUACGGGGAACAAUCAGCUGCAAAAGAGAUGUUUGCCAUCGAAGAACUGGUUCCGAUAUCAACGCUCUCAAUACUGAAGGAACCGAAUUUUGGCACUGACUCAGAGGCCAAAUAG